GCUUGAAUGUAGGCUAGAAGUAGAGAAGCCAAACGUUUUUUAAACAAUUUAGAAAAUAUACCAGAAACAGAGACCUUAUCUAGGAACGUUGCUGGUUGGUCUACCGACUUCGGGUAUGGCUUCCGGUGCGAACAAAAAAAGACUGAGGAUGAGUGUGAAUCACUUGCUGUCUACAAUCAGACGACAGGGCCAUGUGCACGGGUCCUCGUAUGAGGAACUUGCUGUACACUAUGAAACACAUGGCUGGUUCGGGUCUUACGGUGAAAGCUUAAAAGCAGUCCAGUCGGCAAUAGAUGUUGCCUUAGAAGAGGACAUGCUGGUCACCUACCCAGCCACAUACGAGGCAAGAGGUGCAAGGCGAGGCUCAUCCUGUUCCAAGUGCAAGAACUUUGAGAGAAAUAACGAUCGAUCACAAAGGAUGAGCAUUAACCACUUGCUGAAAACAAUCCGUCACCAACAAUACCCUAAUGGGUCCUCGGCUGAACAACUGAUUGACUAUUACUUUAGCCACGAUUGGUUUGCAUCUUAUCAAGAUUGUGUGGACGGUGUCUUGUCUGCUAUUGAGGUAGCACUAGAAGAAGAAGCUCUUCGCGAGCACCCAGCGACCUUCGCGCUUAGUCAUACAAGCAACUACAAAGUCUGCCUGGGUCGAAGGAGUUUUGCGGAGUCCAACCAGGAUGAAAGUACUUCACGUACUUCACCUCCGGCAAAAAAGCGUCGCCACUAGAUAAAUUCCACCCCCUCCUGUAUGUCAGCCUGACCAAUUGCAAAAAUGAGCUCAUGGCCUGACCCAUUGAAAUAACAAACUAUUUUUGCCUGUUCCAUCACAUGGC